UAAUGAAUUUUCUGGUUCGGCGAUGCCGAAGCCAGGUACAAGUGGAAAAGAAAAAACCUCGAUCGAGACCAGUGGUCGAGGGAAAAAAGCGAGCGAGAAACGACCUCGCAGUGCAGAGUUGGACGCUUCGGAAAAAGGUCAAACCGCAGUAGACGAUUUCGAAAGCAGAAUUAAUGCGAAGAUAGACAAAUUAACGUCUAUUGUCAGCGACGUUGCGGGGGUGGUCCCCAUCGUUCGUGAACUGAAAGCGGCUUACGACCAAGAGCUUUCUGGAGCCGAGGUUGACCUGUUGAGAAGCGAUUCCGAUGGUGAAAACAAUAGUCACACUGACGAUCUGUCUAUUACCGCGCCCGUCGCGAAAAAACAAAAACUAAGUCACAGUUCAGAGACCGAGGGGGGUAUCGUGGAUUCCCUUAUACUCGAAGUUACGGAAAACGAACAAACUGGAGCUGCAUUGCCAGGGAAAAUCGAGUCGGUACUAAACAGCAUUCUUGCUCAUGGCUUAAAUGAAACGACGGCCACCUCUAGAAAGGAAAAAAUUCACCGACCAGAAAAUUACAAAUUGUUAAAAGUAACGAAAGUCAACCAGGAAAUCUGGGACAUUAGCCAAAAAUCAACCAGAGCCAUGGAUGCUCGCUUGCAAAAAAUGCAAGAGAUGUUGAUAAAAGGCUUAACCCCUGUGGCAACACUUGCAGGUGCUGUAGGUGAAGCAAUUGAGGGCUCGUCUGACAUGCCUGAAAAAGCCACACUAUGGGAGGGAUUAUCAAACGCGAUGGUGCUUAUGCCAGGAGCCAACCAUACAUUGAAUAUGUGCCGUCGAGACCUGUUCAAGGCUGACCUUGACAAAGACUAUAAAACUCUCUGCAACAAUAAGCACCCUGUCGAGGGUGAACUUUUUGGGGAAGACUUAAUUGAACGCCUCAAAACAGUUAAGGAGAGCAACAAGGCCUCCAAACAACUCAAACAUUCAACCACAGCAAAAGGAUUUGACAGGGAAAAAACUGUACCACGUGGGCAUUUUUUAUCCCAACGCCGGGGGAGGAACCAUUGGCAGCAAUGGGACCGCCCUCGGUUUACAGACAAGACUGCAGCUUCCAAACAAAGAUACAACAGUCAGUCAAUGGGGAACAAGAAAGGAAAACAGAAGUAGAUACUACUUCCUCCAGUGUAAGUAGUGCCUAUGAUAGGGAUAUUAGCAUUCCCUUGUUAUUUGAUGAAGGUGAUUGUGUUGAAUACAGCACCUUCAUGGCAGGCAAUGUUAAGAAUUACAUAGAUGCCUGGUAUAGACUAACUUCUGAUAGUACUAUCUUGACAGCUAUAACUGGUUAUAAAAUUGACUUUUUUAUUCAACCAGUUCAGUUAAAAGUUCCAUCUGGACCGAGGUGUUCUUCGGUUGAGGACACCAAUAUUUCUCUACAAAUAGAGAAAUUUCUCAGAAAAGGCAUCAUUGUAGAAUCCUACACCCACUGGAAAGAAAGCUUCAACUAAUGGCAUGUCGAUUAUCCGGUCAGCCUUGGAGAGUAAAGGAAUUUCACACCCGGCUCAGGAACUUAUCCUCAACUCCUGGAGACAGGGCACUCAGAAACAAUAUCAUACAUACUGGAAUAAAUGGCAAACCUUUAGUAGUGAACAAUCAAUUGAUCCCUUUCACCCACCUGUGAAUUAUGUUUUGGAUUUCUUAUCCAAUUUAUAUAAGGAUGGCUUAGGCUACUCUGGGAUUAAUACUGCCAGAUGUGCCCUGUCUGGGUUGAUAACAAUUGAAGGAAACAUUACAAUUGGGAAUCAUCCUCUGGUUCAGAGGCUGGUAAAAGGGGUAUUCCAAACAAGACCUUCCUUACCU